AUGAACCACUCACGGGCUCGUGGCUUCUCUUCGUCCGCGGGUGCUGUAGCUGGCACCAAGUAUCAGUCGUACGGAGCGGCCUAUGGCAAGGGCAUCUACAUGGCCGAGGCGCUCAGUGUCUCGCUCAAGUACGCCGGAAUGAGCUCGAACGGAGAGGGCAGUGGCAAUCACUGGCCGCUGAGCUCCAUAGAUGGAUCGGCCGUCAUCGUGGCCGGUGCGAAGUCAUCGACAAGUGGGUCAUGGUUUCACACGGCCUGUGUAGAUGGCUGGGCGCUUUGUGGCCUGUUUUCUCGCUGA